AUGGCGCAGAACCACGAGGACGCAGUGGCCGAGCUGCACGCCACCCUACAGCAGCGCAAUGGCUCCAUUGGCGGCAAGACGAGCGUGGACAUGGCCGGCGCCAAGCUGCCCGAGGGCACAGACGUCGAGGUCUUGGACGAUACCGAAGAGGGUCUGGAGCCGACCGCGCACGAGAAGAAGACACUCCGCCGCAUCGGCGACAAGUUCCCCAAGUCCGCUUACCUCAUCGCUUUCGUCGAGCUCUGCGAACGCUUCACCUACUACGGAUGCCAGGGUCUGUUCCAGAACUACAUCAGCAACGCCCCGGACGGUUUCGAUGGAGCUCGUGGUCUUGGUCUGGGCCAUGCGGGAGCUACAGGCCUCAAUACCUUCUUCCAGUUCUUCUGCUACGUCACUCCAAUCUUGGGUGCCAUCAUUUCCGACCAGUAUCUCGGAAAGUACAAGACCAUCCUCUGGUUCGCCGGCAUCUACUGGGUUGGUCUGUUGAUCCUCUUCGCCACCGCGCUGCCUACCAGCAUUCAGCAUGGCUCUGCUCUCGGAGGCUAUGUCACCGCCAUCAUCAUCAUUGGCUUUGGUACUGGUGGUAUCAAGUCCAACAUUGCACCCCUCAUUGCCGACCAAUACACUCGACGCAAGAUGGCCAUCAGCACAAUCGCAAAGACCGGCGAGAGGGUCAUCAUCGAUCCUGCCAUCACCUACCAGCGGAUCUACAUGAUGUUCUACGCCUGCAUCAACAUCGGAUGUCUGUCCUUGCUCGCCACUCCUUUCAUGGAAGACUAUGCGGGUGGCUUCUGGACCGCCUAUCUCAUGUGCUUCUUGAUGUUCAACGUCGGUGUUGCUGUGCUGAUCUUCUGCCGCGGCAAAUACAUCGUCCGACCACCUCAGGGCUCCGUCAUCACCGACGCUUUCAAGGCUCUCGGAAUCAUGAUCACAAACCGCAACAUGGACGCUGCCAAGCCCUCUUGGCGCGCAGUCAACGGCAAGACCAAGUCUGUUCCAUGGAAUGACCAUUUCAUCGACGAGUUGAAGCGUGCCCUGCGUGCCUGCAAGGUCUUCUGCUUCUACCCCAUCUUCUGGGUCUGCUACGGCCAAUUUUCGUCCAAUUUCGUCUCCCAGGCUGCUCAGAUGACCGGACACGGCAUGCCAAACGAUCUGAUGCAGAACUUCGACCCCAUCAGCAUCAUCAUCUUCAUCCCCAUCCUCGACAAGCUCGUUUACCCUCUUCUGAGGAAAUGGCAUAUCGAGCUUCGGCCAAUUGCCCGCAUCACCAUCGGGUUCGUCCUCGGUGGGCUGUCCCUUGCGUAUGCGGCGAUCGUGCAGCAUCUCAUCUACAUUGCUCCGCCCUGCUACGGCCGGCCGCUCAAUUGCCCAGCUGCAACCGUCGGCACUACUGUCAUCCCAAAUCGCGUGCAUAUAGCCGUACAGACCCCGAGCUAUGUCUUCAUUGGACUGUCAGAAAUUUUCAUCUCAGUCACCGGGCUCGAGUACGCAUACACCAAGGCGCCCCCGAGCAUGAAAUCCUUCGUGCAAUCGCUCUACCUCUUCACUUCGGCCAUAGGAUCGGCCCUGAACGAGGCUUUCGUCCCUGCAACCGGCGACCCGGAUAUUCUAUGGAUGUAUACCGGGAUUGCCGUUGCUGCGGUCAUUACUGCGGGCAUCUUUUACUUCACUUUCCACCAUUACGAUGAACAGGAACAGGAGAUGAACGAAUUGGACGCGAACGAUACCGCUCUGGGCAAGGCAGAAGAAGAAAGCGAGGAGCAUAGCCAGCAUGCGCCUGAGAGGACGGUCGACGAGAAGCUGUGA